ACCAAUAAAUUGGUUGACUCAAACCAAUCCUCAGUUUUGCUACUGGCCACCUGGAAUUGUUGACAGUGAUGUCCUACAAAUGGCUGAGGAUCCUCAAUAUACAUGGACUAAGUAUCAAGUUAAUGUUCAUGGUGGGAACAAAACUUAUGAUAACUUUAGGAAAGCAUGGUAUCAGCAGGUAGAGAUUGAAAAAUCAACUACGGAAACAGAAAUAGAAGAACACGAAGUCUUAAGACAUAAAAGAACUAAAAAGAUGCCAUCUUUGAAAAAUAAGUCUGUAUUUGAUGUAUCUGAUGAAAGCGAUAAUUCCAGAAAUUCUGAUAGUUGUUUUGAUGUAAUGGCUUCAUCUUCCAACCAACAUUUAACAGUAACUGUUCCGGCUGCACCGAUAGGUAUAUUAGCUUCAACUAGUAGUUUUUCACCAACAGUUGGAGUAGAGUCUGCAUAUAGUCUGGAUUACACAGAAUUGAUGCCAAAAAUAUCAAAACAAACCAUUCAAACUGCUCAUUUGUGUUCUGCAUCAGACAUUUCACCUAAGCAAAGCAAUUCAAUAGACACAUUAAGUGAGAUGGUUCUUCAACAAAAUAAUGGUAAUAAUACUUAAUACUCAAAUAUUGAAGUGAUGGAAAAAUAAUUUUUUUAAAUUACUUUUGAAUAAUUAAUACC